GACUUGUGUGCGAUAAAAAUUAAAAUUGUGUUUGUUUUAAAAUAUUAUGGUGCAGAAGGUACUGUUUUAUCAUUUGCAUAAAGUAUAAAUCAAUAUAAUAUAAAAACACUAAUAAAUUAUAUUUUAUAAACAAAUAUUACGAUAAUGGUGAUAAAAUGAUAAUUUUUUUCCAUGAUGCCGAAAACGCAUUUUAAAAGUAUUUAAGGUAUUGUUUAUAAAUUAUACCGGCGCAGCGAAGAAGCUGAAACGAAAUGCGCAACAUGUAGUGAAUUUAAGAAACUCGUGAAGCUGCUCCAGACAGUAAUAUUAUAACGUUGCCUUUAAGAUUUAUAGAAUACAUCUCCUCCAUAAUGUCGUGAACAAGUUUCUGCACAAAUAAAAUCGCAUUCAUAUUAGAAUGUCGAGAAAAGAUUAACUCGACAGAGAAAAUUGUCGGCGACGCGCGUUGAAAACCAGUCUGUUUAAUUCAUCGUGGAUAAUUCAGCGUGCCCCGCUGGGGGGCUCAUGGAGGCCGGGGGUCUAAUCCCCCGUGCCAUGGUCCCUACGGGAGCACCCGGGAGUCUCUUGCCGCCCCCGGAACCAGUACCGCCGAAAAGACAAGCGGUUGUUGAUAGAUUGCGAAGACGUUUAGAAAACUACAGGAGGAGACACAACGAUUGCAUUCCCAGAUUCGAUCAGACUUUUAGUGGAGUCUGCGAGCAACAAAACCUAGAGACGAGCGCCCUUCAAAAGCGAUUCCUCGAGAGCAAAGCUAAGAGGGCGCAGAAGAAGGGCGGAGAACGGAAGCAGCACGAUUUGCCGGCAAUGGCGGCCAACGUGCACGUGCAACAAAAAUUUCUCAAGCGGCCCGGCGAUGAUCCGACCGGCGAUCCAACAUUCGACGGCCCAGCCGUUAAGAUGCAAUGCUCGCAGCAGCAGCAGCAGCAAUCGCAGCAGCAGAUGCAGCAGACUGAAGCUCUCACCAAAUUCUCGGUCGAAAUCGUGCAGCAGUUGGAAUUUACGACAUCUGCGGCUAACUCACAGCCGCAGCAAAUUUCAACGAAUGUCACUGUUAAGGCCUUAACUUCCACGAAAACCGAACCACCAUCUUCCUGUUCAACUCCCUCUUCCACGACGACAGAGCAGCAGCAAAGUAAUCAACUACUGCAGCAGCUGAAGCAAGAGCCUCUAACGUCACCGGCUUCUGGGGCAGACUGUACAAAUUCCAGUGUAGCCGGUGGCGAUGAAGACGAUGAGUUUGUAGAUUUAGAACAGUGUGCUGCAGCUCUCGAGAAAGACGCUGCGGCAAAUGGGGCUGCUGGCGGCGGUGGUUUUCCACGAUUUGAGUUUUAUGGUGCAGAUCAAGCCAUGUCUACUGAGCAAUUGAAUAAUUUGCUUUCGGAAUUGUCUGAUAUGCAAGGAUUUGAUUUUCCCGAACAGCAGUCACCGCAGCAGCAGCAUCAGCAAAGAGUUGAGGAUGAAAAACCAUCACCGGCUAUGUUGAUGCAGCAGCAACAGCAAAAUUCGACGGGUGGUAGGACGCCUAACUUCCAUAUGGACUUCCCUAAACCUGAAUUAUCACCUGCUGCACAAACCUUGAAGCAUAUGGCUGAACAACAUCAGCACAAAAAUAACCAGUAUAAUAGAGGUCCUUACGGUACGGAUUUUGGAAAUUAUCAGCAACAAAAUCCAGGACAACAGCAGGUGAAACAAGAACUCCUCUUCCCGCAACAGUCUUCUAAACAGCAGCAACAACAGUAUUCUCCUUACGGAUCACCAGGUCCAAUGCCCGGAGGUGGUGUUGGUAGUCCAGGUGGUUAUCCGGCACCACCGCGGCCGCCAUCUUCUUCGGCUUCCUCCACGGCCAACACUCCUCCGGCAGCGGGUGGUGCGACUGCUGCAGCAGGCGGACAACAGCAGAGCGGGACCUUGCAGAUAAAGCAGGCACAACAAUUGCACAUCUCACAGCCUAUGACUGGACAUCACGGAUUACAGGUUUCGGCCGGUCAGCAGCUUCAUCUCUCUGGUGAUCUAAAAUCGGGCGUGUCUGUAGCAGCGCAGCAGGGCAUGUUCUUUAGCCAGGCUUCUUCGGGCAACAAUGGCUCUGGCACGGGUUCAAAUUCAGGGGGCAAUACGAAUGUCGGCAGCGGAACUGGCAGUGGUGGAAUGCCACAACCUGCUAAUGUUACCGGAGAAUCGUAUACAGUAUCGCAAUCUCAAACUAUCAAUUUUACGCAGCAGACCCUUAGACAGAGGCAACAGCAGCAACAACAGCAACAGCAUCAUGCUGCAGCAGGACAUCCGGGAAUGUCUCAAGGCACAGGUCUGGGACAUAAUGGUCCUAAUCACAUGGGUAUGGGUCCACAAGGAAUGUCGCCGGGCGGUCCUGGCAAUCCUAUGGGACCACACGGUGCGAACUCAAUGCAAAUGCAUCAGCCUGGAGCUGCAGGAAUGAAUCAAGCAAAUAUGACGAUGGCUCGGGAACAGCAUGCCAAACUUCUACAGCAGCAGCAUCAGCAUCAGCAACAAAUGUUGCGAGCGCAACAAGCUGCUGCCAUGCAACAGAGCAUGCAACAGCAACAAGUUCACAUGCAGCAAGCGCAGCAAGUUCAAGUAGGUGCAAGACCACCGCCACCUGAUUAUAAAGCAUCUGGUGCUGCAGGAGUAGGAGUACAGCAACAGCAACUUCUUCAUCAACAAAUGAUGCAACAACGUUUCCAGGGCUCCAUGAGGAGAGCGCAACCUAUUCCGCCAUCUGGUCCAAUGAUGCGACCAGGUCACAUGUACAUGGGCGGUGUGCAACAGCAGCAGCAGACUAGCAUCCAUUCGUCAUCACGUAUGCCAUUCCAUGCUCAACAGCAACAGAGGGCUCCUAAUGCGCAGGUCACGGCUGAUGGCUUAGCCCUUGGUGCCGGCCAUCAGGGUGCUGGGGCUGCAGGAGGCGGCGCAGAAUGGCGCCAUGUUAUGUCUCAACAGCAAAGCGCUGCAUUCCACUCCUCGGUCGGAGGUCCGGGGGCCGGCAGGUUUCAUCCACAACAGCAGCAUAUUAACACUGGAUUUGGUAUGUCAGGUGCUCAAGGUGGACCCAUGCAAAUGACUCCUGCUCAAAUGCAACAUCACCAACAACAACAGCAAAUGAUGAGGGCUCAUCAAAUGAAUGCAAUGAAUAGUGACCCACAACAUCAGAAUCAUAUACACCAACAACAACAACUGCAGCAAAUGCUAUCACAUCAACAAAAUCAACAACCACUCAGCUCUAAUAUGACACACCAAAUGUCGAAUAUGUCCUCAGUGCACAUGUCGCAGACUCAGUCAAUGACAAUGAAUGGUCAAGCUGGAGCAGGAUCAAAUAUGACACCAUUUGGUAAUAGUCCGAUAAACAAUAGUGCCCCAGAUUUUAGUCUGGAAUUCUUGGAUGGUUUGCCUACAGGAGAUGCAAGUAAUUUUUCUGCACAGGAAUUGCUAAACAGUUUGGAUACCGAUCCCUUUAAUUUGCAGGAUAUUUUGUAAAAAGAAAUCUCUAAAA